AUGGAAUUGGAGGAUCUAUCUGAGCGCCUCCUUACCAGAUCGCAAGAAGCCAUUUUACAGCUGGAGCUGUGGAUCCAGAGACAACAGCAUUUGCGAGAACUCGAAGAUAGUUCGAUAGACAAGCUUGGAAAUCAAUACAACGUUUACAUUGCUCAGUUAAACUCCCUAUGCGUAAGAUCGGAGUAUGUUCGUGACAAGUUGAAUAAGGAACGAGAACGACGUAUGUCUAUAAUCAAUGACCGGAAAUACAUCGAAGAUUUGGUAUUUGAGUUCCAAGAUAUCACGGUCAAAUUAAAUGAGCUUGCCCAAUCACAAAGUAUAGACUCUACGCCAUCAUCGAAGUCUACGAGAAGUAGUUUGGGCUCAUUCCAGCCGCGACCCCUGAAAUUGACUGAGCGUCAUGGGCCUAACGUGAAAGCAUUACGUGAGUCGCCAUUGAAGAACAAAUCCGUUAUCAAGAGUGUCAAAUUCUCAGGCUUACAUGACUCUAAGGAAGAAGCGGUUUCAAAAUGUCUUUCGUUACCGGGCUCUCCUGUGAGGGUGACUGGUCCUACACGUUCCAUCCGCAUGGCUAAAUCCUACGAUACCGGUUUAAACUCGAAAAACACGAAGAAGUCGAAAGGAAGUAGAGAUUAUGACGUACCUUCAAUCUUCAGGGAGAACCAGCGUCUGUCGAUCACUGUUUUUGACGACUUCGACGAAGAUGCAGACUCUACAUCCGAUCAGGACACAGUUAUCUCGCUAGUUCCUGCAGACGACGGGAAAGGGCUCCCAUUAAGAAGGUUUAACUCGCAUGAAAGUAUUUUGUCAACUAAAGUUCAGCCUAUCAGCUCACUGCCAUUAUUUUCCUCCUUCCUUCUACCCUCAUCUAACAGGCCCUCGAUGAAAAGUGUUCGUGUAAGCAGUGCCCCAGUUUUCUCCAAAACCUCUGCUCCAGCCAGCUCAAGGGAUCUUCUGUCAACUUUCGUCACUCGCCCUGGGAAAGCGUCAAAUGCCACUGGCAUCAAACAAGAAAAUAAGUUAGGGUUUUUUGCCAACUGGAAUUUUUUCAAAGGUCCUUCAUCAGCUUCUCAUGAUAUUCGUGCUACAAAGCAGAAAGCGUCAGCCAGUAGGCCGGAAAGCAAUUCUGCAGACUGCCGCUCCAAAACAUUGGAGAAAAUGGCCCCCCGCCGAUUUUCGCCAAGGUCGCCGGUCAAAGCACCUGUGUUUGAUAGCUUGAUAUCCUACGAAGAUCUACGUGAAGCAUUGAGUACUGAAAUCAUCUUGACAUCAAAUCGCUGA